AACCCUCGAACCGAACUGCAAAAUUUUAGAAACAUUUUUCCAACUUUUCCCUCUCCUCACGAUUUCGCGUCGUUGUAUUCUCCCGCGGCGAGCGGCGAUCGGCACGGCGGCUGUUCCCUUGGUGUAAAGUCCGUUCACUGCCAGCAUCCAUUUACACUAGAUUAUCGGUCUGCUCGAACGAUUCGAGUAAAGAACUUGUAGGAAAGUGAAGUGAUAUUGAGGGAUUUUCUCAAUGGCAAAGAAUCAAUCUGUUUUGAUUAAAGAUACAGUAUAUAAAUUGCAACUUGCACUUUAUGAGGGCAUUAAAAAUGAGAAUCAGCUAUUUGCAGCUGGGUCUCUGAUGUCUCGGAGUGACUACGAAGAUGUGGUGACUGAGCGGUCUAUUGCAGACCUCUGUGGAUAUCCAUUAUGCCAUUCUAAUUUGCCAUCUGAUAACACUAGGAGAGGCCGGUACAGAAUUUCAUUGAAAGAACAUAAGGUGUAUGAUUUAGAAGAGACAUAUAAGUACUGCUCUUCCGCUUGCCUCAUUAACAGCCGUGCCUUUUCUGGGAGAUUGCAAGAUGAGAGAUGUUCGGUUAUGAACCCAGAUAAACUUAAAGAAAUUCUUAAGCUGUUUGAGAAUAUGAGUUUGGAUUCUAAGGAAAAUAUGGGGAAUAAUUGUGAUUCGGGACUUGAAAUUCAGGAGAAAAUAGAAAGCAAUAUUGGAGAAGUUCCCAUUGAAGAGUGGAUGGGUCCAUCAAAUGCAAUUGAAGGUUAUGUGCCGCACAGAGAUCAUAAGGUCAUGACUUUGCACAGCAAGGAUGGGAAAGAAUCCAAGGAUGGUUCUAAAGCUAAAAUUAAGCCAUUGGGUGGUGGAAAGGAUUUCUUCAGCGACUUCUCCAUCACAAGUACUAUAAUCACAGAUGAAGAGUAUAGUGUUUCAAAGAUAUCAUCUGGUUUGAAAGAGAUGGCUCUUGAUACUAAUUCAAAGAAUCAAACAGGAGAAUUCUGUGGUAAAGAAUCAAAUGACCAAUUUGCCAUUUUGGAAACCCCACAUGCUCCAGCUCCCCCAAAAAACAGUGUUGGACGGAAGGCAAGAGGAUCCAAAGAAAGAACUAAAGUAUCAGCCACCAAAGAAAGCACUGAUAAUUUGUCUGAUGCUCCUUCAACUUCAAAGAACCGCAGCACUAAUUUCAAUUUAAUGACAGAAGAACCAAGAGGUGGAUUCAAUGAUCUUAGUGGAACUGAGUUAAAAUCCUCCCUUAAAAAACCUGGCAAGAAAAACCUGUGUCGCUCUGUAACUUGGGCAGAUGAAAAGACUGAUGACGCCAGUAUUAUGAACCUUCCAGAGGUCGGAGAAAUGGGGAAGACAAAGGAAUGUUCCAGAACCACAAGCAAUUUGGUAAAUUUCGACAAUGAUAAUGAGGACAUACUACGGGUUGAAUCUGCUGAAGCCUGUGCAAUGGCACUGAGCCAGGCAGCCGAAGCAAUUACUUCUGGGCAAAGUGAGGUCUCUGAUGCAGUGUCUGAAGCUGGAAUUAUUAUAUUGCCACAUCCAAGUGACGCAAACGAAGAAGCAUCUACUGAUCCUGUCAAUGCAUCAGAACCACAUUCAUUUUCAGAGAAGUCAAACAAACUUGGGGUAUUACGUUCCGAUCUGUUUGAUCCCAGUGACUCUUGGUAUGAUGCGCCUCCAGAGGGUUUCAGCCUAACUUUAUCUUCUUUUGCAACCAUGUGGAUGGCAAUCUUUGCAUGGGUAACCUCAUCUUCCCUGGCCUACAUUUAUGGAAAAGAUGAUAAGUUCCAUGAGGAAUUUCUAUAUAUUGAUGGGAAGGAGUAUCCAAGUAAAAUUGUCUCUGCUGAUGGCCGAUCUUCUGAAAUCAAGCAAACACUUGCUGGAUGUCUAACACGGGCAAUACCUGGACUUGCUUCUGAACUUAAUCUAUCAACCCCAAUAUCACGUUUGGAGAAUGGGAUGGCGCACUUGUUAGACACCAUGACUUUCCUUGAUGCUCUUCCAGCAUUCAGAAUGAAGCAGUGGCAAGUAAUCGUUCUCUUAUUUAUAGAAGCUUUAUCUGUUUCCCGGAUUCCUUCACUUGCCUCCCACAUGUCAAGUAGUAGAAAUCUGUAUCAUAAGGUACUUGAUCGUGCUCAGAUACGAUCUGACGAAUACGAGAUUAUGAGAGAUCAUAUAUUACCUCUUGGUCGAACAGCUCAACUUUCAGAUGAGAAUGAUGCCUAAAAGAUUAGAACAAAAAUCUCCAACACAAUUAUCAUCACACUUGCGAACGGUUCAAAUUGAUGUCAAGUUCCUGGCAAAUUCGAUUCACAGUACAUAAUAGUCGGUAAUCAUACACACCACAUGCUGUUUCUACAUUUAGAUUCUCUUGGUAUUUCUUGUUGGGAGAAUUGAUCAUUCCAGACUAGGUAAACAUUUUCUUAAGAAUUGCUUAUAAACAGGUGUGGUGGCUGUUGUGCCAUUUGAGGUGAUUUUGUAUUAAGUUAUUUUGGAACAAUUUAGUUCUAAACAACAUAGUUAGGCUCUUUUUAUGUCUUUAGUGUUAAAAUAGUCAUUAUUAUGCUUAAAGAUGCCAAAAAAAUUUUGGAGUAGAA